CGCACUCUAUCAGUUAUUAUUUCUAUGGCGGAGAGGAGAUCAGUGGUCGCAAUCGAGACGCGAACCGAAUCGACGUAUCGUCGAAUGAUUCGUUCAGUCAGUAGCCAACUUCGGGGCGUCGUGGAAAGAUCAAUUAUUCUUAACAGAGAGAGGAACGUCUCGUUCGUGUCAACAUCAGCUGUCGUUUCGCUCUCGUGUGAAAUGACAGUUGUACCGAGAAUGUGUCCACCAAUUCGGUUGAAUAAUAAUCACGUGCGUGAGUGAGUGAGAGAGCGGCCUCAAUCCUAUAAAUCGGAUAUUAUAUCCAAAACAAGGAGGUAAACCGCGAACGAAUAAGUAAAACGUGUGUGACACCUAAAAAGCUGUAGGAAAAUGAACGGGAGUCUGGAUAUGAUUCGGGCUCCGGAACAGCACCCGUCGCGAUUCGCGGAUUACUUUGUCAUCUGUGGAUUGGACCAGGACUCGGGCCUAGAGCCGGACAGAUUUUUCGGCGACUCGCUGCAAUCUACACCCCUCGACAGAGCUUACAAAGGGACGGUUCUGGGUCACUACCCGGACUCUGUGCCUUGGAACCACUUUGACAAGCACGCCGUCUGCAUGCUCUGUUUACCCAGUGGCCUGAGGUUCCGUACCCAAAAACACUCGAUAGAACCUUCAUUUCACUCGUUCGUACUCACCAAAGAAGAUGGCCAUCGAACCUAUGGUUUCAGUCUUCUGUUCUACGAGGAGUGUCGCAACAAAAAAAUAUGCCAUGCUAUGCAGACCCUUCAAUCUAUGCACAUCACCGAACUGAGCAGUGGACAGAAUGGCACCCCACCUAUCCCCAGGCGAGGACAAGAUGGUCAUAACACUAGAUCCCUACCAAGACAUUUCAAAUUAUCCGCUCACUCACCAGGCGCAGCUCUCGGCUACUAUGAUUAUACCAAAGAUAAACUUCUGGUCACAAAGUCUAUCUCACUGCUGUGCCAGCAGCCGUACCUCCACGCCGCUCGUACCUUUCUCACCAAUCUUUACAAAUGCGUCCCAAGGCAUCCAGGUCCUGGCCUUAGCUUAGAGUCUUAUGUAUACAAUCUUCUUUAUAAUGUUCCGAUACCUCUUCCUGGUAAAUCUCUCAAGUUUUUUGUACCAAAUGAUGAGCCAGCUAAGGCACCGCUAGAGCUUGUCAUACAUCAGCCAACUUUGCCGGAAGAGUUGCCAAUGCUUGACUAUCCGCUUAAGGACAUAUUUUCGUGGCUUGGAGUCGACUGCGUAAUACAGCUGUUCACUUGUCUGUUAUUGGAGAAUCAAGUACUAUUGAGAAGUGCUGAUUUUCAGAAACUCAUGGUUGUCUCAGAGUGCAUUACUGCCCUUCUGUUCCCAUUCUCUUGGCAACAUGUGUACGUACCAAUAUUGCCGGCUAGUUUACAUCACUUUCUAGACGCUCCUGUACCUUUCGUUAUGGGGUUACAUGCUCAAAGUGAAGGAGGCAAUUUGAAGAUUGCCAGUGAAGCAAACCUGUGUUAUGUAGAUAUAGACAAACAGAGUAUCCAAUUACCCGAAGAGCUACCGGUGUUUCCGCACAGAUUACAAUUCAUUACUGAAAUUAGAGAGUUACUAAAUAAAUUCAAAGUGCCACAUCCUGAUAAGACUGACAAUAUGGCCAUCAAUUAUUUGAACGGAGAUAUCAUGACUAGCAGCUUGACUCUUCCCGGAUCAGGAUUUCACCAUCCUAGAAGAAAACAUUCUUUGCACGAUGUUUUGGAUUGGGACAGGCCAGACCCUGAACCACACUCCGAAACGGUGCAAAGAAUAGUUGACAUUGUCAAGAGGACAGGAGUAAACUUGGGUGAUAUUGACUCCGUGGAGAAAACGACAAAAGAGAAGGUACUCACUGCACAGGAAGAGUACCACGAUACUCUCAUCUUCAAUAACGCUCUGAGAGAAAUAUUUCUGAAUCGUUUCGUGCAGAUAUUCUCAAGCUAUGAACAUUUCGUCAUUCAACCUAGCCAGGACAAAGAAGAAUGGUUGUGCAACAGAGACAGUAUGCAUGUCUUUGACAAGGCUACUUUUUUGUCUGAUCAGCCUGCACAGCAUUUGCCCUUUCUUUCGCGGUUUUUGGAAUCUCAAAUGUUUGCGUCGCUUGUUGAUAAUAAAGUUUUAGCUGCUUGGAGUGAGUUGGAUCCUAACAUCAGAGUCUUUGAUCAAAGAAUAUCCCAACUAAAGCAAAAAGUUGGUGAAGGAAUAGUGAGAUCGCCUUGCUACGAGACCUGCCAAGCUGUAACUGCAACGCAGAAGCUCCUUGAACAACGUCUGAACAAUGUCGAGCUGGAGGCUGUUCCACCGACUGAAAUUCUUCCUCACAGAGCAGCUUACUUUCGAAGUUUUCCACUCCUCGACGGUGUCGCCUUGAAUAAAGAACCAACGCAGAGUCUACUUCGCAGCCGGAGGGGCCAAAAACAAUGGAAGUAUAAAAUGAAAAUGAUUGAAGCCAGCGGAAAGCUACAAACUCCGCAAGAAUCUCAGUCCCCCCGACCACAAACUAAGUUUUCCACUGACAUGAGCCCAGCACUGAUUGCACAAGCCAAUUGGACUUUUGUGGAAAAAUUGCUCAAGGACUGUAAGUCCAAAACGAAACGAAUGCUGGUAGAGAAAAUGGGUUCUGAAGCAGUGGCACUUGGUCACGGGGGUGAAUUUCUUUCGGAUGUUGAAGAAAAUACUCUGGUUGCCAGCCUGUGCGACCUUUUGGAACGAGUGUGGAGUCACGGGCUGCAAAACAAGCAGGGAAAAAGUGCUCUCUGGUCACAUCUGACCACUUAUCAAGAGCUAGAUGAGUGUAACGAUGCGACAAAAAGUAUAGACCCCAAUUUUUUAACUCCAGAAAUAGUUGAGAAAUCGUCGAAUAAGUUUUUUGGGUUCCCGGAUCUCUUGAUUUCAUCGAUUAAGAGCAGUAACAUAUUUGAAAUUGCUUCAUAUCUGAAGGAGAACUUUAAUGAUUUAUCCAAUUUGGCACUAGAAACGGAAGUUUCUCCAACACGAGGAAGAGAGAGACACAAAUCGUCUGGUGAACGAAAAUCCGUUGGUCCAGAGCAUUUAAGACCUUUACCAGACUCUUUGAUCUUCGAUAUAAGAAAUGUACAAGCAAUGACGGACAUUAAAACUCACAUCGGUUAUGCUAGAGCGUGGGUCCGUCUUGCACUGGAAAAGAAAUUGCUGUCGAGGCAUUUGAAGACUUUGCUGUCAGAUACGGCAUUGGUCAGGAGUCAGUACAAACGUUCUGCAUUUUUACGAUGUGAAGAAGAAAAGGAGCAGUUUCUGUAUCAUCUGUUGACACUGAAUGCUGUCGAUUACUUCUGCUUUACAAAUAAUUAUCCGACAACAAAAUUGCCAUACCGAGUGGUAAUAUUUCCGAGUAGAAAAGCAAGCGCCGCUACAACGACAGCUAAUAGCUGGGUUGCUAUAUCCGGUACCUUGUGCGAGACGAAUCCUGUUUCCAUUCCCAAGGGGGCAUUAGAAUUCGUCUUUCAUCACAGAAACUUGGGGGUACUAUCGACGUUAAGGAUAGGCCAUGAUAACACAGGUCUUUCCCCAAAGUGGAUGGUUGAACACAUAGUCGUUCGUAAUGAGGUAACUGGACACACAUUCAAGUUUCCUUGCGGUCGAUGGCUGGGUAAAGGAAUAGAUGAUGGAUCGACUGAAAGAUUACUGGUCGGAGCUUUGGUGCCCAAGAGUAUCGACAAUGAAGAACUUGUCGAAUCUUGUUCUACUCCACCUAGAUGCCGUUCACCUAGCAUUCCGAGAAGAAUAACGCUGACACAUAUCGAACUGCAGCAUAUGCUUGGAGAGGCAGUUAAUGCUAUCGUCAAAUUUCACUACAGAAGAGAACCUCAAGAUGGUUCAUUAACUGCACUGCUGUGCGGGGAGAGCGGCCUUGUUCCUUCUCUUGAGCAGACGUUUCUAUUUGGAUUUAAGAGCCAAAGAUUAUUUGGGAAAAACCUUUAUGUUUGGGAUUACUUCGUGCGGGUGAAGGAAAACUUUGAAAUUUCUCUACUGGAGGAAAUGGAUGAAUAUUCACAGAGGCUUAGCAGAGACAGAAGGGCUCUGACAGAGAAUAACCAACGGUUUAACAUUUUACGAAGCUACUGUCACCUUAUCGAUCAAAUAAACACGUGUAGUCAAGCUUUGGGCAAAGACGGAAAGUUUCAGUUAUUCAUCUGUCUGGGAGCUAGAGAACACCUAUUGCAUCGCAUGUUAAGUCCGAUGAGCGAAGCAAGGUCAACAGUAGACAUGUAUGAAGAGAUAUCUUUCCUGCGGAGUCCUCAGCUGCUCACUUUCCUCAUUCAGAUACUGGAACCAUUAGACGAGUUUCACAUUGUUCUUGAGAAAAGCCUGACUCAGGGGAUUUCGAGUAUCUGCUAGUCAUGCAUUUCACAUUCCAUGUUCGAAGAAAGUGAGCAUAAGGUGUCUGUGUUAUAGUGAUAUAUACAUAAUUUGUGCUACUCUUUGAAAUUCAGAACACACUGAGUUCGUUGAGAAUUGAUUUCCGAUAACUGUGUGAAAAAUGGAAUGAGAUUUUAGAUAAUUUUUUAUUUAUUAUUUGAAUCGUAAGACAUAAUUGGAAUACUAUAUUUUAGACAAGCUUUACUUUUAAUAUGAAGAAAAACUUUAAUCGGUGACCGCGUAGCAUUGGUUUUCCUUUUACUGAUUUUUAUAAGCUAAUCUCAUUUCAUUUCAAGAAAUAUGAGAAUGAAACAAUCCCGUUCUUCUAUUUUACCUGACUUUACUUGCCGUGACGAUUGACAUAAAUACCGAAGAGAAUGUGUUAGGUGAUAUUUGUAGGUAAAUAAAAUGUUAGUUAGUAUGUAACCGAACCCAUGUACCAAAGAUGUUAUUAUUGUUACUACGUUCGUCAAGAUUGUGAUGAUAUGCCACAAAAUCUGCACAUGACAUUAGUCUUAGGGUCUUUUAGAUAUACUUUUGUUCUCUUCGUUUUAUUUUCUCACUCUUUGUUAGUGUGUGUACAUAGUAGGUAGGAUAUUAUUAUACAUACUGCAGAUUCAGAUAUUUCACAUAUUAUGACGACAGGUUUUUUGCAUCAAACUGUCUGCGUUUCUUUCUACACGCUUUGAUAUUCAGAACCAAUAUUUCAAAUAGUCCAAUUGACAUUGCUGAUGACAUGAAAAAAUCAUCCUCUCACCAUGGACAUGUAAUAAUGGCAGUGAAUAACCCAAAUGGAAAAAACUCAGUGAUAGACGAAUUUUACAAGCAAUAAUUAGUUAUUAUGAUCUUGAUUUAAAAUCGAAAGGCUACUACUUUGCUCGUAAUCAAAUAAAUUUGUCAUUUUACCAUAGCACCAGUGUAGAUAAAUAUGAUCUGUAUAUUUCUCAUGACUUUUUGUUUUCCUGUAUUGUAGUAGAUAUGCUUAGAGGUCAACGAUGUCAGUUUUAUAAGUAUUCCAAUUUUAUUUUUUUUUUGACGUGAGUUAGUACGAUGAAUAGAUAACAAUUAAAGUCUAAUAAUAGGGCUUAAUCGGAAGCAUAAUAAAAUUAGAACCGAAGUAUCGAUUGCAAACGCGGUAAUAUAUUCGUAUAGAUAAUUUAUUUUCUUUGUACAUGCAGAGCACAUAUUAUUCGAAAAGUCCCUGAUUAAAGCCUUAAUAAGAUAUCAAAUAAUACUAUGGAGUGGUAAUCAAAAAUAAGAUGGAAGAACGUACAUGAAGAAAAAAAUAGAA